AUGCCCCAGAAAAGUCGAAACUUUGAAGGGUGCUGGACCUGUAGGUCCCGAAAGGUCAAGUGCGACCUAGCUAAACCAGUGUGUAACCGAUGUGUGAAAGCAAAAUUCAAGUGUGAGGGUUAUGACAUAAAAUUGGGAUGGUCGGACCCACUAACUAUCGAUUCUCAUAAUGAAUUGAUUACCAUCCGAAUACAGGACGGUCUGUCUUUGGAUAAUGGAAGCAUAAAUAAUGAAUUUCAGAGAAGAAAGAUUGCAGCAGUACCAUUCCCUAAGCUGCUGGCGUAUACCACUUUCAAAGAAGUUGAAGAUGCUAUUGAAAGAGUUGACUUUUGGAUAGUACGAAACAAUAAGAAUGUGCUUGACGGGAAACAAUACCAGUUUGGGCCGUUUUCUGUGUUUCGGUCACCUUGCCUGCUACAGGCACAGGACCCUGGUCAGUCGGAAAACUGGAGCAAUAGUCUGGGAUUGAACCUGAAAAAUGGUCAACCUGCUGGUCGACCACAAGAUAAUACAUUAAAAUUCAAACAUUCCUUACAAAAAAAGAAAAAUAUACUUGAUUUCACCGAUUCCUAUGGGGAACAGCAGGACUCUCCCUCAAUAUUCUCGAAGAAUAUCAAUAACUCAUGGGUACACUUCGAGCUUUUGGACUAUGCCAAAUUAACAAUAUUGGCUAUAAAAGGAAUUAAUUAUAAUUUUGACGAGCAAAACAUGCUUCAUAUUUUAUAUCCCAAAUUCUUCCCUAAUAUCGAUUCUGAUGACUGGAAAGCGAACGUGCUUGUAUUGAACAAGUUAUUCAAAUAUUCCCCUUCUGAUGGGAUAACUGUCUUUCCACUCUUCAAUAAACUUUUAAAGUGCUUUAAGAAUAAUGUCUCAUGCUUUAUGAGAAUAAAUUAUGAUAAGAAUUAUUGGCAAAAGACCAUUGUUCCAUUUAUAUAUAAGACAUUUGGAGAAUUCUUGUACUUGGAUAUAAACAAAGGAGAAGAUAACAAAUCAGAUACUGAUAACGAAGACGAGGAUAAUGAAAAGGAACCAUGGUCGAUGGAGGAAAAGAUAGACCACAUUAAGAGUAGCAUAGUGUAUUCAGUCCUAUGUAUAGCAGCAUUUCAACAGCACUUUGAAAAUCAGGAUUACUUAACAUUAAGUAUCGAAUUGAGGAAAUUGACUAUAACCAUUAUAAACAGUCAUUUGGAUAAGUAUGGGGAUGACGAAGUUAUUGUGCCCGAUAAAGAAGGGACCGACAGCACUAGUUGUGACAGUAAUUUUGACUUAGAAUAUGAAGAACUUUUGCUACUCGGAAUAUUACUUCAGCUUCAAAUAGAUAGCUAUUUUUCGGUGUUCGAAAACUAUGACUAUCUAUAUGGUAUAGGAGAGUUCUUGAUUAAGGAAAAAUUUUUCAAGCAAAACAUCAAAAAUGUGCUGAACAUGUCACUAUAUCUCAUUGGAUUAUUCAAUUAUUAUCACACAUUCUAUGAAUCUACUCAGUCAAUAAAUAUGUCUAACUAUUCUAUGGACGAAAAUGAUUUAAAAAGAGUCUACAGAGAUAUCGGAGAAGACUAUAAUUUAAUUCAAGAUAGAGAUGGGGAUAAAAGUGGUAGUGAGAGUGGAAGUGAAAGUGACAGUGACAGCGACAGUGAUAGUGAAAGUGAUAAUGAUGGUGAGGUAAGCAAAAUAGUUGAUACAGCUAUUAACAGUCAUAGGAAGGUCCUGAUGAAGCCUAUAAUUUCUAACUUGAUUUCAUCUAAUGAUGAUAACUUAUCGUUCAGUAUAAAUUUCCAGGGUAAAAGGAGUGACGAUGAAUCCAAGAGAAAGAGAAGAAAAACGACUUCGACUUUGCCAAUUCUUUCUAAAAGCACCUUGAUAUAUACGGAUAGCCCCGUACUAUAUCCCUAUGUGCCAGAUCCUAAUAAGAUGGGGUAUAACACUUUCAAUUCUGAGUUGAUAUACAUUCUGUUCGGAGUUCCCAAGUCGUUGAUUGAUAUCUUCUAUAAAGUGAUACAAUUGACUAAUCAUAAGAAGGUCUUUCUGCAAAAGAAGGUCUUCCCCAGAAAUUUCCCAAUUAUAUGUGCAGAUAUUGAAGACGCUUUGUUGUCGUGGGAUGAAUCUAAAUACUGGACCUUGUUUAAUGAUAAGCACCAAUUUAUUCUGAAUUUCCAUCAGGCAAUGUAUCAUAACAUUAAGUCAUUCCAUCAUUCAUUAAUAGUGUAUUUCUAUCAACUUGUCAAGCAACUGAAAACACUGAGUUUCCAAAACCAUAUUCAUAUGACUUUGGACCAUUUAAAGGAAUUGAUUUCAUUGAAUAAUCUUAGUAGAGGAGAUGGUGAAAGUGACGGAGAGCAGGCUCAAUUUAGACCUUCAUUUUGGCAAAUUUUGGUCUGUGCAGCUGAUGCUUUGGACCCAAAGAUCAGAAGCCAGUAUCAAAGAAUUUGGCUUAGUGACGAAUUUAGUGGAAAGGGUAACUACUGGAGAGCAAAGCAAAUUAUUUAUGAGGUUUGGAAGAGGAGAGAUGUCGGAGAAGAUGUUACGUGGAUGGAUAUGGUGAGAGAGUGGGAUGUUGUAAUGUCGCUAGGUUAG